UUGCUUCGUCCUCUCAGAACGAGCUGCCUUUGGGCUGGGCAGGCAGCUCUUCUCUUCUUGGUUGGGCUCCAGGCUGGUCAUUCCCGGGGCUCCCCUCCCAGCCAGGGGUGCGGGGGCAGCCCAGGCUGGCGGCAGGCGGGCGCUGCUGGGCCAAGGGACAGCUGUGUCCCCUGUCCAUCCCUCGCAGGUGGAUCUGUAGGAGAGGGUUGGCUGCCUCUGCCAGCGCUGGGCGGGACGGGAAGCGCGGCCACGGAGGAGUGGGCUCCAGUGCAGGGCUGGAAGCGGCUGAGGCAGGCGCUUACCUUCUCCCUAUCUCCUCCUUCGACGGCUGGAGAGCUUCGCUCCGCGGCUGUUCCUGCCUCUCUCCUGCGGGGCUCUCUCGCAGCCCAGGAUCUCCCCUGGUUUUGGGCACUGAAGCGACCAAGCAGCACGUUUUCCCAAAAUGAUGGAAAAUAAAGUGUUCCUGUCAUUCACGUUCUACAGCACAAUUCUGAUUUUAAAAAUGUAUGUCGUUGCCAUCAUUACAGGGCAAGUAAGACUCAGAAAGAAGGCAUUUGCAAACCCGGAGGACGCCCUGCGCAAUGGGGGGCUGCAGUUCUUCCGCGAGGACCCUGACGUGGAGCGCUGCUGCAGGGCCCACCGCAAUGACAUGGAGAACAUAUUUCCCUUCCUCUUCCUCGGAGCCAUCUACUCCCUGCUGGAUCCCAGUCCCACAGUGGCCAGGAUCCACUUCCUCAUCUUCUGCGUGGGACGGAUCAUCCACACCAUUGCCUACCUCCUGCAGCUGAGGGCACCCACACGCUCCGUGGCCUACAGUGUGGCCCAGCUGCCCUGCUUCUCCAUGGCCCUGCAGAUCCUGCUGGCCACCACCCCGUACUGGUAACAACCAGAGAGACCGACCAGCCAAACCCCCUGAUCCUGACUCUGCUGGGCCCCCCUGUCAGUGGGAGAGAGUGUGUGUGUGUGUGUGUGUGUGUGAGAGAUGUCACCAGGGAGGUCACCUGCACCCUGAGGAUGUUCAGUGCAGCCUUGAUGAAAUUCCACUGCCAUCGGAAUUUGUCGGAGAAGUCACCAGAGAGAAGAGACAUGCAGGAAGGGGAUGUGGAGGCAGGUUUCUCUCUCUCCUGCUGAGGUGGAAAGCACAUGCACUACCCCUUGAGAAAGGGGUCAUUGAGGGAAAGGUUUUCUGUGUUUGGAACUGUGACUGUGACCUUUUCCUCCUGGUCAUGAAUAUCCCAUGAAUCAGGCAGGGAAAAUCAUGAGGGUCCCACAAAGUCUCUUAGUCAGCAGAUGUGGUUGGUAGCAGAGGUUAUAAAGCAGCCACCCUUCUCCUGCCCAGCCAUGUGCAUCUGUGGGAACGUGAGUUCCUUAGGAUUUAGUCCCUCAGGUUCCCUCUCCACCAAGGAGGACAGGAGGCAGGUGCCUUCCAGGCAGCGUAACAGGGAAGUCAAAAUCUCAAGGGUGACGUUGUGAAGCCUUUGAAGCUUUCAGUGCUCCCAGUGCCACCUCGUCUCACGCCACAGCACGCAGCUCCCUGCCAGGAGCCUCACUGCAGGCAGGACCCUGGAGCUCCUGGCAGCUCCCAGCCAGCAGCAGCUGUGGCUUUUCCAUCUCAGCCUCCCCACAGCAAGAUGCAGAGCGACAUGCCUGGAGAAGCCAGCAGGAAUCCUUUACCCUGGACACAGAGCCUGAACACAUUUGCUGGACACAAAUUCUGGGACUUCUGGAAUGUCUGAAAUGCCGGCACAAAACAGGGGGCUUGCAGACAGAGUUUUCUCCCAAAGGGCAGUCUAGUCCACAUGCCAUUAAUACCUGAAAAUGCCCUCAGGGCAUCAGAUUGAGUUUCUCCCCCUCUGUUUGUAGCCUUUCUCUUGCCCGUUGCUAUUUAGGAAAUGGGCUGUGAUCGCCUUAGGGGUGUUUUCUUUCAGCUGUUUCCUGCUGUCCAGUGCUGCCGAGGCAUUCACAGCCUGGACCAGCUGGUCUUUGCAGAAAGCUCUGGAAAUGAGCAGAGGGGCUUUGAAGGGAGCAUUGCUGCUCUGCAGUGUCACCCAAAAGUGUCAUGUUGGAGAGGAGAGGCUGGGAUCAGGGUACUGCAUGGUGACAAAGGCCCAUGAGCUCCUCUGCCACACAGCUGUCCCCGGGUGCCAGGGGCUGCUCCCAGCAGCAGCAGCAGCAAUGGAGCAUCCCUCUGGAGGUGAAGGCAGGAGGAAACCUCUGCUCUUCAGCGCCUCCUCCCUCCUCUGAGGGCAGCACAGAAUUUCAAUAACAUCACAGGGGCAAGCCAGAAUGAGUAGAAAAUAAAUUCCCCUUCCACCUGUCCUGUGCACUAAGGCUGUUCCCUUGACCCUGCUCUCCUCAGAGAUGCUCUUGCUGAGCCCUCCCUGAGCACUGGGGACACACCUGCUCAGACUGAUGUUCAGCCUUUGCUCAGCUCGGGUAGAAGUUUCUGUACCAGGAACUCGAUCCCAGUGCAGUUGUGGCCUCAGGCUGAGCUGUGUGGUGAAGUUUGGAGUGGAAUUCUUUGCUCUCCCACUGCGAGGAAAGUGGGCAGGAUUGCAGGUUCAGCAAUUCACUCUUGGCCACUUCUCCUUCCCACAGAUGUCUGGGUAACACAGAGCCCUCUUAACAAGUCUUUUCUGCCUCACAUGGUGCACAAGGUCUUGAGCUCCUGUAUGUUCCUCUGCUGCUGCACAUGCAUCCUGGUGGCAGGAAGCAAAUAUUCCCAAUAAAAACAAAUCAUUGUGCUCUGAUACAUCCUUCCUUCGGGAGCAGCAGAUGCAGCUGGGCAGCAGCUGGGUCCAGCCCCAGCAGGAUGGAUCCUCAGUAGGAUGUUAAACCUCACUGUAGAGCCUGGAGUGUCCUGGGACUUCUAAAGAUACAUCCCUUUCCUCUGCACUCACCUGCCCUGCAGAGGAACCUCUUUUCCAGGUGUGCAUUAUUUGUGCUGAUCCUUUAAAUCCAGCAGAGCUGGGAAUUAAUUAUAAGCAGCUCUGCUCACUUUUCCUUCCCUGAGCAGCAAGUUGUUACAAAGCUUGGUGUUCACCCAAAAAUCCUGGAGGGCUGGAGAAGCUCAGGUAAGAGGUGGUUGUUCUUCUUUCUGUUCUUAGGACUCAUAAAGGACCUGCUUGUAUUUUCCAAGAUAAGUAGCCCCCCCCCCCCCCCUUUUUUUUUUGCACUAGGUUGCUGGGAAACAAGUGCUUAAUUUCUCUGGUUUUCCCCUAUUUUCUUAAGUUGUUGGUGGUUGGGAGGUGCUGUCCUGUCAGUGUUUGUGUUAGUUUCAUAAAAUGGCUCCACUUG